AAAACAUAAAACUAUUUCCAAUUAUCUACUUAAUGUUAUUUUAUUUGUGGAAAUAGUCGGUAUGAAUAAAUAUGUGAACGAGAUCUAGGGUCGGGAAGUGUAGGUUAUGCUUUUGCAUGGACAAUUUAUAACAACAAGUAUCAAUAACACAAUCUCAUCUUUUCUAACCAAUAAUUAUCGCAACCAUACAUCAUCCUACCUCCCAUUUUAUUUUAUUAUUUUAAAUGACCAAUAUCGAACGUGAAAUGAAAUAAUGGAAUUAUUCCACUUACUUUUGUCCUCGUCGCCACUUGUAGUGCUCCCUGCGUCACUAAUAUUACCUAUUGGCUCGGUCACACACCAGUAUCAGGAGGAACGCGCACGCUCACCGCUCGCACGUAACUGACAACUCUCCCCACUACCCGUGUGUACGAGACAACAACAUUUAUUGAGUAUAGGACACUACAGUAACACUGUGAGCUUAAAACCUUAACCGCUACGAUUUGUACGCUCGUGUAUGCAAUUGUCAAUUUUGCAAGUAUGCAGUUUUACAAAUUUGGAUUGAAUGACGUGAUUUUAGGCCUAUAAAAACGUGUUGCAAAUUAAUGUCCGGUACAAUUCCUCUCUGGAACGAAUCCUCUCCACAAGGGAUCAACGCUACGAGCUCCUAAUCAAGCUACCUGUCUAAGCGCCUAUCAAGAAUGUCGAAGCUACUCGCCAACGAUCUCUUCCUCUCCAGCGACGAGUCUGAAGCGGAGGUGAAGCCGAAGAGGAAGUCGGAGGACAAGAAAAUGAAGAGAGACCGAUCCGACAAGAAGGGUGAAGGAUCUAGUUCGAAAAAGUCCAAACCGACUAUCCCCCCGAUUUCUCCGCCAGCACGUGUUACGGCCAAUGAAUUAUUCGGCAACGAAGACAGUGACAAAAAUGAAUGUGUUAAGAGCUCCACCAAAACGGGUAAUGUCCCACCUAUACAUUCUUAUUUUACGAAAAGGCAGGCGAAGGGCUAUUCUCGCCAAAUUAGUGAGACGAAAGAAGGAAAAUAUUACGAGUACGUCGAGGUAAAAAUCUAUGAUGUUGAAGAAAUAAAAAAAAUAAUGCCGAUGAAUAGAUGGCGGUAUGCUAUUACUAGUAUAAAAACGAAAUUGGAUGAAGAUAAGGAGUCUUGGCACCAUAUAAAAGAGUUCAUCUUAGCGACCCAAAAAGAUUUUAAAAAUUGUCCGCUGUCAUACUUAGGAUCCUACGAAACUUAAUCAAUUCAUUAUUCCUGUACACAUUUUUUUAUAUUACACGAUGCAUAGUUAUAUACAUUAUAAUCCCUGUAUUAGCUUUAAUUCCUAGGGUAAUUCAAUGUAUUUUUGGUUAUUUCAUUACAUUUUAUAAUCAUUAUCAUUGUAUUUUUUCUUUGUUUCACAGCUUCUACACACCUCACUAAUAAGUCAAGAUCCAGAAAAAUAAACUGUGACAAGUGUAAAAUAUUAAUUCCAGAAAAUCAGUAUUCCUAUCAUAUGAGAACUAAUAUACACAAAGCAAACUGUUUAUUGAAUACCAAGUUCGCAAAUAUUCAUAUUAUUGCGACAGCAUUCAAUAACAGAAUAAUGACAUACAGAUUGAAUGUCACUCAGGAAGACGAGUACCUUGGUCUAAAGGCGUUCCUGAGUGAUCACCAAACCAAUAUAGCAGAAUUGAUUACUACAUCACUAAAUAAACACAAUUGCAUAAAAGUUAAUUUCGAAUUGUUUGCCUAUUUUAUGCUACCAACUUUAGAAGAAAAGCAACUAAAGUCAUUUAAUACCAAAUACAAUAUUAUUUAUAAAAACACUGAUUUGAAUGAAUUAUUAACUGAAAUAAUGAAUGCAUUGAACGAGAAAUUAACAGAGUUCCAACACUGUCAAUCUGGUUGGACGUUUGUUUCUAUG